AUGUCUGCACCAGCUCAGAACUACAAGGUUGCCGAUAUCUCUUUGGCUGCAUUUGGCAGAAAAGAGAUUGAAUUGGCUGAACAUGAAAUGCCCGGUUUGAUGGCGAUUAGAGAGGCGUACGCCAAGGAGCAGCCAUUGAAAGGUGCCCGUAUUGCAGGUUGUCUACACAUGACGAUCCAGACUGCGGUUUUGAUCGAGACUUUGGUCGCGUUGGGAGCUGAAGUGACGUGGACUUCUUGUAACAUUUACUCAACUCAGGACCACGCUGCCGCAGCCAUUGCUGCUUCUGGCGUGCCAGUUUUUGCCUGGAAGGGUGAGUCUGAAGAGGAGUACAUGUGGUGUAUCGAACAGCAGCUGUUUGCCUUCAAGGACGGUAAGAAGUUGAACCUGAUCUUGGACGACGGUGGGGAUUUGACCUCUUUUGUCCACGAGAAGUACCCAGAGAUGUUGGAGGACUGCUACGGUGUCUCUGAGGAGACAACCACCGGUGUUCACCACUUGUACAGAAUGGUCAAGGAGGGCAAACUGAAGGUGCCAGCCAUCAACGUCAACGACUCUGUGACCAAGUCGAAGUUCGACAACCUAUACGGUUGUAGAGAGUCGUUGAUCGACGGUAUCAAGAGAGCCACCGACGUGAUGCUUGCUGGUAAGGUUGCCGUUGUUGCCGGUUAUGGUGACGUCGGUAAGGGUUGUGCCGCUGCCUUGAGGGGCAUGGGGGCUCGUGUUAUCGUUACCGAGAUUGACCCUAUCAACGCCCUACAGGCAGCUAUGGAAGGUUACCAGGUCUUGACCAUGGAGCAGGCCGCCCCAAUCGGUCAGGUUUUCGUCACCACCACUGGUUGCAGAGACAUCAUCACUGGUGAUCACUUUUUGCAAAUGCCAGAAGACGCCAUUGUGUGUAACAUUGGUCACUUUGACAUCGAAAUCGACGUCGCUUGGUUGAAGGAGGACGCCAAGGAGUGUAUCGAAAUCAAGCCUCAAGUUGACCGUUACCUGUUGUCCUCUGGCAGACACAUCAUUUUGUUGGCUAACGGUAGAUUGGUGAACUUGGGUUGCGCCACCGGUCACUCUUCCUUUGUCAUGUCGUGCUCCUUCUCCAACCAAGUCUUGGCUCAAAUCGCUUUGUUCAAGGCCAAGGACAAGGAGUUCAGAGAGAAGUACGUUGAAUUUGAGAAGACCGGUCCAUUCACUAUCGACGUUCACGUCCUCCCAAAGAUUUUGGACGAGGCUGUUGCUAAAUUCCAUUUGAGCAAGUUGGGCGUCCAAUUGACCCAAUUGACCACUGUCCAAUCUUCCUACUUGGGUAUCCCACAGGAGGGCCCAUACAAGGCUGAUCACUACAGAUACUAA